UCUGAACUAUUCGUCGACCUUAUUUGUCAAUGUUAAUAGAUUGAAGCUACUGCAACGAGUGAUUGCUUUUCACACCACAGGUUCUUAAUAUCCCGCCUUAGAUAUAUCGGAAAAGAUACCGUGAACACAGCUGAUUGAGCACGCCAAUAUGGGCAAUGAUUACCUGAUAGUUUUGGUCACACGACGAGUUAUCUUUGCUAUCCACAUAAGAUAUCCUGAGUGUUAGUAGCGAAACUGAUUGGAUACCAACACAGAACACAACAUGUGCCGGCAAACUGGGCAUCAAUGAAAUAUUCUCUCAGUCGCGAUAAGCCCACAGCCAAAGAGUAACAGCCCAGAACCAACAGCUACCAACCGUCAAUCACAACCAUCCCAUCACCAAUCAAACAUAUGCAAGUUAGCAGUCUGCAUACCAACCCACUCCCGUCCCUCAACCCCCCUUCGUCCCCUCGGCUACUAAGCCCUAUCUUCAUCCACUGAAAAUGAUCAAUCAUGAAUCAUGAUCUGUGUCGCAACAUCCCCUUGUCUUGGAGCAAAGCAUUCCUUGAUGUUCAUCAAACUUUAAACUCUUGGCAUAUCGAUAAGAAGAUAAAGAACGAUUGAAUUGGGUCCCCCACGUGCAGGAUUCAUACGUGAGUAAGGAAUCCCAAAAUCCCAUAUAAAAGGUUAAGAUCCUUGAAUUUUCAUCACAAAUUCCCCCAAAAGAAAUCAGAAACUCCUUUUUUGCCAUAAAUGAUAUUGGCAAUAGCGAAAAGAACCGAGAAGGCUUGAUUAUUUGGUAACAGUUAACCUUACCUUCCUUAUUGGGGGAAAUGCCUAGACACGUGCAUUUACCUCUUCCUAGAGAAUUGAGAUUGAGAAGGUCGCAGUAUGAAUAUGGCGGUACGACGUUAAAUAGUAUUACCACUGCCAAUAUUGUGGUGCAUAAAAUGACUGCUGUCCCGGGAUUUCUGGCUAGUGCUGGUGAGUUUCUUCAAUUACAUUUUCUCCUAUUUCUUUUGAUAUUUUUGUAAGAAUAUUUAUUGCAUUCGAAUUGUACCAGAAAAGAUUUGUGGUUUUGGAGAGACAGAAAUUUUUGGAAAGGUUUUCUAUACAUUUUUCUUGCUGAGCAGGUGGGACGCUAUCCAACCAAAUACAUUCAUUCAUUCACUUGAGGGCAUUCAUUUUCUUUACUUUCUCUACUCUACUCCUCAAUUGUGUGAGAGGAGAGGAUAUUCACAUCUCCAAGGUACUUUUUAUUUUGCAAAUGUCAAUCGUUUAUCAUCAAGCAAAAAGUCAAAGGGUAGCCUACCUCUGCUAACAACCAAACCCCCACCAGCCUUCUUUACUUUCCUUCGAGCAAAUUUAGUCCUGCCACCGUCAUCUCUCAACUCUACAUACUCAACACCUAUCCUCUACGCGUCUUCUUCUCAGACCCUCCCACCACUUCGCCCAUCCUCCCUCGCAACCAUGUCUUCCAAUAUCGAUGAUGAUAUCACUGUGCCCAAUCCUCUUGAGGGCAUUCCCUCUCUCGCAACUACCGCCUUAACCACCGAAGAAGAUAAAACGAAAGCCUUAAAGCUGAUUGCAGAUUCUAUCGCGCAACAACGACAAAUCGCCGCUCAGGCAAUUAUUUUCCAUCCGCUCACCCUCACACUAUACACAUUAAUCAUAGGAAUCGUUACAAAAUGGCAAUACACGGACACCAGUGAUCUUGGAUUAUUAGGAACGACACUUGCGGGAGUAACAAUGGCAUGUUUGGUAGCAGUACGAGCCGCAACUGCGGGAUAUUUACACACGGCCGAGGAGUUCAAUUGGGAUUUUGCUAGAAAUGAUGAUGGGGAGGAAGAUGUUAUCAUUGGUUCUCGAUAUGGGGAUGAAAUUAUUGGAGCACUUAUACUACGUAUUGAGCGAGCACCUCACAUCAAUGGAUCGCCAAAGAGAGGAAAAAGUGGAAAGAAAGGAGGGAAAGGUGUAGUGAGGGCGUGGACUACAAAAGUAAGGUACAGAGGCACGGGUGUGGGAACGGAGAUGUUAGAGGAGGCGGUUAGGGAGACGAGGGGAAAGUUGGGAAAUUCAGCUGAAGUGGGAUUUGCUAAGGAACAUGCAAAUGCGAAGAUGAUAUUACCGGAAAUGUUCAAUGGGGAGUUUAGAAAGAGGGAGAGGAGAGCUGCUGGUGCAUUGGAAGCGGUGCUUGAGAGUGCAAGGGGGAAGAAGAGAUAAGUGAGAAGGAAUGUGAUGGAUUGGCGGAGAUAGAUGUGAGGAUAUAGAUAAUGUUCUCCGGGCGGUUCCUUUUGAAUAGGGGUACGGAUUUGGGUCAAGAUUUUGGAUACCAUACAGGAAUUGGGCAUAGAAUAGCAUCUCAGGAAGAACGAGCUACCAUUUGGGCUCGUGACGAUCGUUUAUAGCAUAGCGAGUCGGGCCAUGAUACGCGCAUAAUAAUCAUACUAUCAAAUCAUAUACCAAAUAUGUU